UUAAUGGAGCGCGGUUUUUGAUUUAAUUGAAUUUAAACUUUUAGUGCUUUAAAACAAUUUAAUAGAAUAGGAUGGAGUUAUUGGGUAAAUUUAUGUUAUUAUUUUCCCUAGUGGCUGGUGGUUUAGCCAAGGAUUGGUGGGAGAAUGGCAAUUUUUAUCAAAUUUAUCCACGUUCAUUUCGGGAUAGUGAUGGUGAUGGCAUUGGAGAUUUGAAUGGUGUUUCUGAAAAACUACAAUACCUGAAAGAUAUCGGAUUCACAGCCGCUUGGCUUUCACCCAUUUUUAAAUCUCCCAUGGCUGACUUUGGUUAUGAUAUUUCCGAUUUCUAUCAAAUUCAUCCCGAAUACGGAACCAUGGAGGAUUUCGAGAAUAUGAUCAAAAAGGCAAAAGAAGUUGGCAUUAAGAUUAUUUUGGAUUUUGUACCAAAUCAUUCGAGUGAUGAAAAUGAAUGGUUUAAAAAAUCGGUUAAUAAUGAUCCUGAUUAUCGUGAUUUUUAUGUGUGGCACAAUGGUCGUAUCAAUGCGACAACAGGAGAGCGUGAACCACCCAGCAAUUGGUUGAGUGCCUUUCGCUAUAGUGCUUGGGAAUGGAAUGAACAGAGACAACAAUAUUAUUUGCAUCAAUUUGCCAUUAAACAACCCGAUUUGAAUUAUCGCAAUCCCAAACUGGUGGAGGAAAUGAAAAAUGUUAUGCGUUUCUGGUUGGGUAAAGGUAUAGCCGGUUUUCGUAUUGAUGCUGUGCCUUUUCUGUUUGAAAAGGAAUUAGAUAAGAAUAAUAUGUAUCCAGAUGAGCCUGUCAUUGAGAAUGUAGCCUCAUGUCCUGAUCCAGAUGAUUACUGUCACUUGCAGCAUAUUUAUACUAAUGAUCAACCGGAAACUUUUGAUAUGGCUUACCAAUGGCGUGCCUUGGUGGAUGAGUUUAAAAAAGAACAUGGUGGUGAUACUAGAAUUUUAUUGACCGAGGCCUAUACUAGUUUUGAGAAUAUUAUACGUUUCUAUGGUGAUGGUGUACGUAAUGGUUCUCAUGUACCCUUCAAUUUUGAUUUUCUAUCCAAUAUAUUCAAUGACACCUCGGCCGAGGUGAUUGUGCAACAUAUCACCAAGUUUUUGGAUGCCAUACCUAAGGAUGUUUAUGCCAAUUGGGUUUUGGGUAAUCAUGACAACAAACGUUUGGCCUCACGUUUGGGUAUUAAUCGUGCAGAUUUGUUUAAUAUUUUAUUGCAAACAUUACCGGGUAAUGCUGUUACUUAUAAUGGCGAAGAGUUGGCAAUGCAUGAUGUUUUCAUAUCAUGGGAAGACUCAGUAGAUCCUCAGGCCUGUAAUGCUAAUCCUCAAACGUAUUAUGGCUAUUCAAGAGAUCCCGCCAGAACUCCUUAUCAAUGGGAUGCUUCUAAUUUGGCAGGUUUCACCACCGGAGAUCAUACCUGGUUACCAGUAGCCGAUGACUAUCAAACCAACAAUGCUUUGGCUCAACUGCGUGCUCCCCAAUCUCAUUUGCAGAUCUUUAAGAAACUAAUCAAAUUGCGCAAAGAACCCUCUUUCCAAGAUGGUGAACUUAAAAUUCAAGCCAUAGCCAAUGAUAUCAUUAUCUAUUCCCGCCAAAAGGCCGGCAGUGAUUUGUAUGUGAUUGUCUUGAAUUUAAGCAAAAAUGAUCAAACCAUCAAUAUCAAUAGUUAUUAUGAUAUGGGCUCAAAAGCGGAAAUUAUUACCACUUCCCUACAAUCCAAGCAUAGUGAUGGACAAACUGUGGAUCCCUCACAAUUCCACAUCGAAGCUGAGGUAGGCGCUGUUCUAGUUAAAGUUUAAAAAGACAUUAUUGCAAACUUUAUUUUAACAAAAAAUAAAAACUUAUAA